UUUAAAAGUUACAUGGAUGAAGUUAAAGGAUAAUGUAAUAUUCAUUGAUGAAGUUCAUGAUUGGUUUAUCUCUCACUAAAACAAUAUUAAGUUCAUGUUUACAUAUUUCAUAAUCGAUAAUAUUAGCAUAAUUAAAGAUGCCAAUAUUGUUCUAGGAAUUAGCAGUGAUUUAAUUGUUAAAGUAUUUACAUUUCAAGUAAUACGUUGUAAAGUUCGAACCUUUCACCAUGUACUCCAUUUCGGACAACAGGGUAUCAAUGCUAAUCAUCACACAAACAUUGUGAUUAGAAGUAAGAUAAAUAGACCGUUAACUGGUAAAUCAAUUACAUUACACGCUAAAAGGUAGAUAUCUAAUUUCAUGUCAUCGUAUAAUCUGUUUCCUAUUGUUUUCUUUCACAGUUAUGUUUUGAUGUAUGUUUAUAGCUGUAACAACAUAACUUAAAAUUUCACUUUAGUAAUGGCAAUGUAAAUAAUCACUAUUGUUGUUUUUUGGCACUUUUAUACAGAAACAUGUUGCAUACGUCUUUUGGUUUAAUGUGUGAAAGUAUAAGUGAUGAUAGUUCGCAUAUACCUGAACGUACCAACUGGAACAAUAUAAAUACUAGAACAUAUCCAAAUAUUAUCUCGAAGAUGGAAUAGGAAAUUCAUAGAUACUUCCAAACCAAAAACAUAAUUAUUUACUAAUCCCAUUAACAUUCCUGACAGUUGUAUUUUUCUUUACAUGAUUUCCCACAAUUUUAAACUUCACCAAAACCAAUUUUUUGCAUGACACUGACCCAGUUUGAAUCUAUGUCUUCGGCUUAAAUCUUCAGUUUGAUUGUAUAGAAAAUGUUGACAUAACCCGACCUGACAGGAUAAAGUCACUGAAAUAGUUCGAGUCCAAUGCUCUCAAGCUUAUUGUGCAGUUAUUUUUAUGCUACUAAUCUACACCUAUCAAAAUUUCUCUCUUAUUGUUUAUUUCUUUACUGUGAAGCAAUCAAACCAUCAUUUAUUAAUUAUCAUAAUUAUCUAGUUCGAAUCAAUAAGUUAUUUGCUCAUAUAACUACUAUUUACAUUUUUUCCAGAUGUCGUCUUAUAUAUGAUUGUAAUGCAACGUGCACGAGUAAGUUUUAAAUUUUUGAGUUACGUGAAUGACAAAUGAUUGUUAAGUGAUAUAUUAUAAACGUUAAUUCUCUGAUUAAGUCAGACUUACAUAUUUCACUGAUUUAUGGAUUAUCCGUUAUUAAAAUAAGUGUACUAAAUUGUUUAGUUAUUAGGUUUACUGACUACAUUAAUAACUUACCUGGUAUGAUUUAGUUACUUAUAAAUAAGAGAUGUGAUUGUCGCUUUUCCCAACGGUUGACUGAUAAAGCUUCCAAGUUUUUUUAUAUAUAUAGACUGAUUUGUAACAGGGAAUUCUACUCUCCUCUACUAUUUGUUAUUCUUUGUUCAGUUUACAUAAUGGAAAUUACAUUAUGUAACUCCAAAAAAGUGUUUCUUAUCGCUUCAAUUGAUAAGGUCUGUUUACACAUAUGAGUUAUUUUGUAUGGUGAAAACAAAUAACCUUAUGUUUAUCUCACAUGUUUGUUUUGCAUAAUCUACCAGCCACUAUUUUUGUAAUAUAUAAAAUGAUUGAUUAAUCUGUGGUCAAACACUCAGUUCAACUAACGUGAAUCUGUAUAUUUCCCAAUGUGUUAGUGUUGUUUAACUUCACUAAUGUUAACAUUUAUGAGUAUGUUCAGUCUUAUUUAAAUGUGAAGCUUAUAUAACAUUUUUAAUAAUAAGUUAACUGGAUUUUUAGAAUUAGUAAAAAGAUAAUUUUGUUUCAGAAAAAGGCUAAAUUAAGGUUUCUUGUACUUCAGUUUAUUAGAACAAGUACUAGAUAUUAUUUAGGUUUGUCUUAUAAUACCAACUGUGGUUCUUUGGUGUUUUUCAAACUUCAUUUCCAAUUACAAAGUAUUAGUUUUUAUUUCAGAUGGUCUGAUUUUACACUGGAAUGUAUUCAUAAACUUUCCCUAGUUAACUAAUAAUUUUGACUGAAAAAUAAACAUUUUUCUUUGAUCAUUAUGACUGUUUCUUCUGUGUGUUGAAUAACUCUCAGAUAACAGCAGUAAUUUCAAUGUGAUAGUUCGUCAUCUUUUAUAGAAGUUAUUAUCUAGAUUAUGGUUGACUUUUAGUGUAAUAUAGUUAGUAACAAGUUUAAAAUAUUUUUAUUUCUGUUUGUCUUUGUUGAACAUUGCAUAAAUGGCAUAUAUUUGAUUAUUCCAUUAAUUUACCUUUUUUUUCUCUUUUUUUGUUGGUAUUUACAGAAUGAUAAACUAAUUUCCCUUUUAUGAUUUAGGCCUUGAAUAUAUUUAAAAAACUUCACCGUACAUGUGAAAAUGUAUUUAAAGCUGAUAUCGAAACACUACAAGGUAAAUUCCAAUAUUUAUAUAGUUGGUUUGUGAGUUUAUUCACGUACAUAUAUCUUCAGAAUAAUUUACAACUAUCAUGUUGAGUUAAUGUUGUAGAUUGAAGUAUCACGAGCAACACACAGUUUCUUUUUUCUCAAAAAUUUUACUUUCUCUGUGUUAAUGUUUAUCAAAAAGUCAUUGGAAGUUAAUGUUCCAUAUAUUCUUGUGAUUACCUCUGAAAAUCUGAUAUCCAACUGUUUAUGAACAAUUUUGUUUUACUCAUUUCACUAAUAUUUAAACUAUUGUUGAAAAGAAAAGACUUUUGAACACAGUUAUCAUACAAAUUUAUUUAGCUAAGGAUAAAUAUUGAUAAUAAAUAAAUGGACGGAUAGGUUGGUUGAAUUUUCUACAAAACGAUGAAUGGAUGAUUACGUACCGAUUCUUUUUAUCAACUUUCUUUAAUGAAUAGUAAGAAUUGUAUUAUAGAUAUUGGUUCAAUGUACUUUUUAAAAACUGAUAUCCAUUAUAAAAUCAUUAAGGUUGAAAAUGGUGAGUGACGAUGAUAUGAUGUAAGAUAAAUCACAGUAGGGCAUAGCUUCAUUUAUUCUCUAUCAUCAUUUAAAUCUUGAUUCAUUUAUUAUUUCCAACUUUCCAUUAUUCAAUUAUAUUUGUUCCCUUUUCGAACUUUAUUCUUUAUGUUUAGGUUUUCAUUAGUUUUGAUGAAAUUUCUCAUCCUAUGUUUCUUAUCUUGUUUAUUUCUCUUCUGUUUGUUCUGAAGUUAAAUUUAACAACUUAGAUCGAUACACACUUUGCAGGUUGUGCACUAACAUAAACUGAUUGACUAAUUGAUUGAAAAGCUACUGAAAGAUCAUAAUGAAACGAAAAUGUAUACUUUGUACAGUUGUGAACGUAAAGUGGAAAAUUCUGUGGUACUUUACACACCAAACUGUGAUACUUCAAUUAUAUUAGCGACAAGUUGAAUUUUAUCUUUUGAACACCUCAACGUAUUUUCCUCUUCUGUGCGACUUUAAUUCGUGAAAGACUUUUGAGUGAUCCUUAAGUAGUCCUGAGAAACUCCAACCACUUACUAAGGUCAAAGUAAGUUUAUGAAUUCAUGCAAGGAAUUAGUGUUAAGAGUUAGGGUUUUUAUUACAGACUUGCAUCAUUGUAAGAAUGAGUUUUGCAAGAAAUUUCAAGAGGCAUUUUCGUCAAUCUGGUUUGUUCGUCUAUGAAUUAUAACGCCGCCGCCUUUGGGUGGUGGCAUGUCUCAGAGUUGGUCACAGUGGCGUAAAUGCUUUCGCUCUCUAUAUUCUGCCACAUCUCAAGCUCCUUAAUUACCUUAAGUAUUUGAUUUUUAUUAUGUCGAUCUAUUUAUUUCCUUCCAAAUUAUUUCUUCUAUGCUUAAUAUUUUUUACUAUAAUUUCUGCUGUUACUAUGUCUACUACUCUGGUAAUUCGCUGUGCUGAUGUGCUGUGGCAGCUCGAACCGAUUUACAUAUUUGCCUGGAUCUACGUUGGGUAUGAUGUAUGAUAUUUAUUGCAAAUCAUGUAUGAUUACAAAUAAUGAGGGUGAUAUCACCGACUUCUCUGGAGUAGUUAGUAUAUCAUACCAUACGGAGAAACUAGUUGAAAAUUAAGUUCUUCAGUCUUUUUGUCUUUUAUUCUAAAUAUCUAGAUAGGAAAUUUUGAUAUGAAUAAUCUACUUUAUAAUUAAUCAUUCAUAUGUAUUUUAUAUGUCAGUUAAUUAUAAAUUUUGUCUUGUUUAUUUAUAAAAAUAUUUGUGCUUAUGUGCGUGCUUGUGGAUGUUUCUAUCUAGCCGCCAGAGAAAAGAUUAAUUCGGAGUUUCGAGCUAAUCGAAACGAAACUGAUACUGAAAAAAUAAACGAAUUAUUGAAAAAUGCAGAAGAUUGCGAAACGUUAAUACGAACAGCAGUUAUUCAAAUGGAACUCGUCGAUGCUGAGAAAAAUGUUUAUAGAAUGAAUCUACGUGAAGAUUUAGCAUAUCAAGAUAAUGAACAUUGUGUUAAAGAUAAAUAAAAACAAACAAACAUGAAAGAAUAGUUUUAUUAUAACUUGUGCCCUGUUUCCUAUUAAUGUAUCACGUGAUGAUACAGCCAGUUAGAGAACAGUGAAUUACCGAUCGGCCCAAUGACGCAUAAAACCCGUACGAGCAGUCUAGAGACCUUAUCGACCCAUCCUGUUGAGUUCAGAACACCAAUCUCAGCCUCUGCGAUAUGAAUCAUCUAUUUUAAACAUAUUGGAUUGCCAACUAAACAGACCACAUCGUACCAUAAAAUAUGAAACAACAUUUGUACAAGAUUUAGCCAAAUGUGGCUGUGAAUGUGGGAGGUAGUAAUUGAUAGACUGGGUAUAACUCAAGAAUGGUAAAUCGUAUAAUAACAGUUCAUAGGUCAAAAUAAAGCUUAUAAUAAGAGGAACACGAAUAUGUGUAGUUUAGUCACUUAACAAUUACACGACAAAAAUAUACGUAUAAUAUUGGUCCAUAAAUGGAUCCUAAAAGUUAUCAUUCAUCGUUCUCAUCGGGAUAUAACACUUCCCCUCUUUUUUUGAAGAUCCAGAGGUGAUAUCUGAAUUUUAAAUUUUCCGAGUUCAAAUUUAACAGCUCAAUGCUAGUAAAAUUAAAGCGGUUUAUUAGAAUUUUGUUUUAUUCAUAUAUUUUUUAGAAAGUUUAAACCAUUUUAUUAAUUAUUUGUGGAUAAGAAUUUAUUUAAAUUAUUAUUGAAUUUAUUAAACAAAAUAUUGCAUUGUUUUUAUUGUUAAGUUAAAGCUCUAUAUCCUCUCUUAUUCUAAGAUAUUAACUCAUAUUUAGUUCUUAAUUGUGUAUUUCUAUGUAACAGGGUAGUUGAAACAGUUUGAUAUAUAAACAAUUGAGUGCAGUUGUUAUUAAACACAUUUAACUAGUACGAAGAUCAUUGUCAUCAACCAAACUACCACUGACUAAUACAAUCAAUAUUUUUCUCAACUAUUCCCAACGGAUCAUCAUAAAAUAUAAUCUUUUAUCAUAUAUAUCUUAUAUUAUCCUUUAAAAACCAUGGUCUAAAACACAUACACUGUUCAUCACCGUUUUAGUAAUCGAUUUUUGCCAACGCCAAUCACUUUCGUUAAGGCGGUUUGACGAGUGUGAUCACAGGCAAAUGAAAGAGGAUUGGUUGUGUAAGGCAAGUCUAUGUAGUCUAAAUUGUAGAUUAUAUAUUAUUGUUGGUGAAUCUUCUGAGAAUAAUUUCCGAGAAAAAAUGUAUCGAAGUCCGGCUAAAUGGUCUAGAGGUAGUGUUUGUGUGCGAGGUCCAAGGUCGUGUGUCCGAUUCUUGCUUUCAGGGUCGUGGAUUCUCACUGGUGAGUUGUCCCGUACUGAGACGAAGUGGCUUUCCGGUGCUUCCAGGUUUUCAAUGGCUGUCAAAUUUUGACCGGUUCGUGAUUGCAGUGAAGUUCAGUAGUCUCCACAACCCAUAAUGAGAGAUCAUCUUGACGAACCAGCUUCUGAAAUGACUUUUCUUUUCAAUUCUACUAAUCUCAACACGGGCAAUUCAACAUCAUGAACUACUUUUAGUACAUGUUAUUUCGAAGCAGUUAAUCGAAAGCUUAGGAGAACGGUUAAAUAAUAGAAUAUAAUUGUCAUUGGAUUUAUAACUUGCCAGUUAGAUGUACCUGGAACUAUGUUGGUGUUCUUAACAAUUCUCAAACAUCAUGCCUAUCGAUCCAUAUUUCGCAGUUGUAUAUACUAAACUACUGAUUUUUCUUACUCUCUGUUCAACAAAGUGUAUAUAGCGAAUUAUGUACAUUGAUUUUUGCUUUUUUGUAUAAUACUGUAGCUGUGGCGUAGUGUCAAGUAGAGUUUUUAGUACUCAAUAAUGAUUUAAAGAAAUAGUCACGAAUGUGAAGAUCCUUCCGAUGAAGAAUUUAGUUGAAUCAUAUUGAAAAUCUUGAUGCACGGCCAAACAAAAGAAUAAUAAUUAAGUCCUUGCUAGGGUUGAAGCUAUCACGAGUUCACUUAAUCUGCGAGCGAGAAACAAGACUCGGUGAGCGUCCCAGCCCCGCUAACUAGAGGGAGAAGUCGAAGCUUGGAAUGGUAAAGUAUAUUCUGCAAACAGCCAGAAACGAGCGAUAACAACAAACACGAUUCAAAACGUAUGUGUACAGUACAAAACCGUCCUUGGGGAGAGUUACCAAAUAGAAUACUAAAAGACGCAACGGACCAGAAGCAUUUAACAUAUUUCCCAGUGGGUAAUACGACAUGAAGGUGACAAGAGUGCCUUUGGCGCGAAAACAAAGAAAUUCAAAUUUUCUGAAUAAAAUUACAAAAUUAGGUCCUUUCCCAAGUGAGUUCUGGGGAUCUAACGUCCCCAACAAGCCUCGCCUUUCUGUAAAUUUAAAGUAUAUGGAUGAUUAACAAAGGUGUAAGACAAGUGGAAGUUAAAAUUAAUUUGCAAGGUUUAUCAAUAGACAUGUAAGUAGUGAAACUCAUGGAUAGAACCAUUUAUUUUUCCGUGUAAAUAUAAUUUUCAUAACAAACACAGCUUAUUUAUAUUAGAUCGUUCCCAAAACAAGUAACGCGAUAAAAAAUUGAACGAAAAUCUUAUUACAACAUUCUAAGUGAAUAAAAGAUUUUUCAGAAUGACAUUGUUCCCUAGGGGAACCAAAUGUAGAAGUAAAUUGUUUAUUAUAAACAAAAGUAUCGACAACUUAUAAUUUCCCAUGAAAGUAUUUACACAGGGCAUGUAGCUGACAUCAUUUCACAUCGGAAGUAUCAUAAAUAUCCGACAUGAAAGAUUACUAGGACACUAUUUCUCUAUCUGUUGCUAAAAUCAGAAUCAUCACUGGGGUGUCUUCGCUGCUAUGUAUUCAUAGAUUCUGUUGGCUUAAGAAUUGAGAACCACUACAAUUCCACGAUGCUACUGCACACACUUGGGUAUAUAAGCCUUUGCAAAUUCUAUGAACCAAAAGGAAAAACACGAAAGACUGGUUCAAUUAAGA